GCAGAAGAAGAACAUUGGGUUUUUCACAGCACGAGAGUCUGAAGGCAGAGAGUCUGAGGAACCGAUAGCCGGAGAGGAGAUCACAUCCAGUCCGACCAUGGUCAUUAGGGAGGUCCCGGCUGAUCAGCUCGCCCGUCCUCUGGGCAGAAACGAGGUCAUCGGACUGCUCUUCCGGCUCACCAUUUUCGGAGCCGUCACCUACUUCACCAUCAAGUGGAUGGUGGACGCCAUCGACCCCACCAGGAAGCAGAAGGUGGAGGCUCAGAAGCAGGCAGAGAAGCUGAUGCAGCAGAUCGGCGUGAAAAACGUGAAGCUGUCAGAGUACGAGAUGAGCAUCGCCGCUCACCUGGUGGACCCGCUCAGCAUGCAGAUCACCUGGAGCGACAUCGCCGGCCUGGACGAGGUGAUCACCGAGCUGAAGGAGACCGUCAUCUUACCCGUUCAGAAAAGACACCUGUUCCAAGGAUCCAGACUGCUGCAGCCGCCGAAAGGCGUGUUGCUGUAUGGACCUCCGGGAUGUGGCAAAACACUCAUCGCUAAGGCGACGGCGAAGGAGGCGGGGUUCCGCUUCAUCAACCUGCAGCCGAGCACGCUGACGGACAAAUGGUACGGAGAGUCCCAGAAACUCGCCGCCGCGGUGUUCUCCCUGGCUGUCAAACUGCAGCCGUCAAUCAUCUUCAUCGACGAGAUCGAUUCGUUCCUCAGGAGUCGGUCCAGCUCGGACCACGAGGCCACGGCCAUGAUGAAGGCUCAGUUCAUGAGUCUGUGGGAUGGGUUGGACACGGACCACCACUGUCAGGUCAUCAUCAUGGGAGCCACGAACCGGCCUCAGGACCUGGACUCUGCCAUCCUCAGGAGGAUGCCCACCAGGUUCCACAUCAACCAGCCGAGCUUGAAGCAGCGAGAGCAGAUCCUCAGGCUGAUCCUGGAGAACGAGAGCGUGGACCUGUCAGUGGACCUCAGCAGCGUCGCCGGUGAAACGGACGGCUUCUCAGGAAGCGACCUCAGAGAGAUGUGUCGCGACGCCGCCUUGCUGUGCGUCCGGGACUUCGUCCACACGCAGAGCAGCAGCCCGCUGGAGGACUACAUCCGUCCCAUCCAUCAGACCGACCUGCAGAAGGCCAUCGCGAAGAUGAAGAAGUCCAAGUCUGCGGGAGGACACGGCCUGCUGCUGCACGCCGCUUUGGACUGAGCUGCCCACAGGACGCCGGUUUGAUUCCCACAGCUUGUUUGAGACGGCGCUCGCCAUGUGUUUGUUCCGGUCAGCUGACUGCGGGUGUAGAUACGGAGGCGGGUCUGGAGGCCGCCGCUUUCUGCUGAGGUCUGACGGAGCAGCUGGACGCC